AUGCCGCCAAAGGGAAAGCCCGACUACUCGGGCUACCAGUACUCGGCCCUCUCCUCGCUCGUCCUCAAUGCCGACAGAGGUCCCCGCAGAAACGAAGAGACCACCGGCGAGGCAGAGUCCCUCGCAGGCAGGAUCGACGUCCGCCAGAUGGGCUCCGCCGUGCGCCAAGAGGGCAUCAAGGACAUCGACAAGAAGCGCAAAAAGGCAGAGGAGCACGACGAGCUCCGCCAGCGGAACCCAAAGCGCAAGGCUGGCGCACUCACACAGACCUACGCAGACAUCCUCCAGGCAACCGCAGAGCUCGAGGGCCUCCGCUACCAGCCCCGCACCCCAGAGACAAGAGAGGUCUACGAACUCAUCCUCAGCCUCGUACACACCGCCCUCGGCGACCAGGCACAGGACGUCGUACGCUCCGCCGCAGACACGGUGCUCGAGGUGCUCAAGGACGACAACCUCAAGGACUUUGACAAGAAGCGCGACAUCGAGCAGUUUGUCGGCCCCUUGACCACCGAGACCUUUGGCCAGCUCGUCAACCUCGGGAAAAAGAUCACCGACUACGACCACGACCAGGCCGACCAGGCCGACCCCGACGCCGACAAGCGCGACGCCCUCAUGGACGACGAAAACGGCGUCGCCGUCCUCUUUGACAACGAGGACGAGGAGAGCGACCAGGACGAUGUCGGUUACGUGGUGCGCGACGGGUCAGACGACGAGUCCGACGACGACGACGAAGGGACAGGAGGCGAUGGUGCAGCGACCGCAGGCGCAGCCGCAGACGAGGCCGAGGCCACCGCCGAGGGCGGGGAUGACGCCGCCGGCGACGAAGGCCUCGUGAUCGGCUCCACAGCGGCAUCGCGCCAGCAGAAGGCGUCGUCGGCCCGCGAUCCGACCGCCGUCUCGCCGCACGAGAUCGACGCCUAUUGGCUGCAACGCCUCGUAUCGCAGCACUACCCGGAUGCCCACGAGGCCAGCGAAAAGACGACCGCCACUUUCGACAUCCUCUCGUCCGAGUCCGACACGCGAGAGUGCGAAAACAGCCUCAUGGAGCUCUACGACUACGACAAGUUCGACCUGGUCCAGAUCCUCACCAAGAACCGCGAGCUGGUCGUGUGGUGCACCAAGCUGGGCCGCGCCGACGACGACGAGCGCGUCAACGUCGAGGUGGCCAUGCGCGAAAAGGGCGUCGGGUGGAUCCUCAAGGCGCUCCGCGGCGCCGACGCCAGCUCGGGCAAGGCCGGCGCGACGGCGGCACCCGCAGGCCUCGUGCCGAUCGACCUCGACGACGCCAAGCAGCGCGCCCGCAAGCUCACGUCGCGCGCCACGAUUGCGCCCGGCUCGACUGCGCAGCCGCGGCGCGGCGUCGACCUCGAGGCGAUGGCCUUCAGCCAGGGCGGUCACCUCAACACCAACGCCAAGGUGCGGCUUCCCGAGGGGACCGUCAAGCACACCAAAAAGGGCUACGAGGAGAUCCACAUCCCCGCGCCCGUCAAGAAGACGAUCCCCGAGGGUGACUUGGUGACCAUUUCGAGCCUGCCCUUCUGGGCCCAGGCCGCCUUCCCGGGCGCCACCACCCUCAACCCGAUUCAGUCGCGCUGUUACCCGGUGGCGUUCGGUUCCGACGAGCCGAUGCUGCUAUGCGCCCCAACGGGUGCCGGCAAGACCAACGUGGCGAUGCUGACCAUCCUCAAUGAGGUGGCCAAGUGGCGCGACGAGGCGACGGGCGCAAUCGAUCUCGACGCCUUCAAGAUUGUCUACGUCGCGCCGAUGAAGGCGCUCGUGGCCGAGCAGGCCGCCAACUUCCGCGACCGCCUGCAGGCCUACGGCAUCACGGUCAACGAGCUGACGGGCGACAGCCAGCUGACCAAGGCCCAGAUCGCCGAGACGCAGAUCAUUGUCACGACGCCUGAAAAGUGGGACGUCAUCAGCCGCAAGAGCUCCGACACGUCGUACACCAACCUCGUUCGGCUCAUGAUCGUCGAUGAGAUCCACCUCCUCCACGACGACCGCGGACCCGUGCUCGAGGCCGUCAUCGCGCGGACGAUCCGCCGCAUGGAGCAGAUGAACGACCCCGUCCGCCUCGUCGGCCUGUCGGCCACGCUGCCCAACUACCGCGACGUCGCCACCUUCCUCCGCGUCAACCCGUCGAGCGGCCUCUUCUACUUCGAGGCCAACUACCGCCCCUGCCCGCUUAAGCAGGAGUACAUCGGCAUCACCGAGAAAAAGGCCAUCAAGCGCUUCCAGGUCAUGAACGAGGUCACCUACGAAAAGACGCUCGAGCAGGCGGGCCGCAACCAGGUCCUCAUCUUCUGCCACUCGCGCAAGGAGACGGCCAAGACGGCCCAGUUCAUCCGCGACCAGGCCAUCGAGCGCGACACCAUCUCGCAGUUCCUGCCGCAGUCGCCGGCCAGCCGCGAAGUGCUCCAGACCGAGCUCGAAAACGUCCAGGACCCGGGCCUCCGCGACGUGAUGCCCUACGGCUUCGGCAUCCACCACGCCGGCAUGAACCGCGUCGACCGCCAGCUCGUCGAGGCCCUGUUUGCCGACGGCCACCUCCAGGUGCUCGUCUCGACCGCCACGCUGGCCUGGGGCGUCAACCUGCCGGCGCACACCGUCAUCAUCAAGGGCACGCAGAUCUACAACCCGGAAAAGGGGCGCUGGUGCGAGAUCACGCCGCAGGACAUGCUGCAGAUGCUCGGCCGAGCCGGCCGACCGCAGUACGACACGUUUGGCGAGGGCAUCAUCAUCACCAACCACUCGGAGCUGCACUACUACCUCAGCCUGCUCAACCAGCAGCUGCCGAUCGAGUCGCAGCUGGUGUCGAAGCUCGCCGACAACCUCAACGCCGAGGUGGUGCUCGGCACCAUCCGCAACCGCGACGAGGCCGUCGCCUGGCUCGGCUACACCUACCUCUACGUGCGCAUGCUGCGGACGCCCGCCCUGUACGGCGUCACCGCCGACUACGCCGACGACGACCCCUUCCUCGAGCAGAAGCGCGCCGACAUUGUCCACUCGGCGGCGGCGCUGCUCGAAAAGUGCGGCCUGCUGCGCUACGACCGCAAGACGGGCAACCUCGCCACCAACGAGCUCGGCCGGAUCGCGUCGCACUACUACAUUGCCCACGCCAGCAUGUCGACCUACCACCAGCACAUUAAGCCCCACCUGGGCAUGAUCGACCUCUUCCGCAUCUUUGCCCUAUCCAACGAGUUCAAGCACCAGGUGGUGCGCCAGGACGAGAAGCUCGAGGUGGGCAAGCUCAUCGAGCGCGUGCCCAUCCCGGUCAAGGAGUCGAUGGACGACCCGGCGGCCAAGGUCAACGUGCUGCUGCAGACGUGGAUCUCGCAGCUCAAGCUCGACGGCUACGUGCUCGCCGCCGACAUGGUCUACGUCACACAGUCGGCCGGCCGCAUCCUCCGCGCCAUCUUUGAGAUCUGCCUCAAGCGCGGCUACGCCAAGCUCAGCCACCUGGCGCUCGACCUGUGCAAGAUGGUCGAGGGCCGCCAGUGGGGGUCGAUGACGCCGCUGCGCCAGUUCAAGGGCGUGCCUGCCGACCUCGUCCGCCGCCUCGAGCGCAAAGAGUACCCCUGGAACCGGCUGCGCGACCUCGAGCCCAACGAGAUCGGCGAGCUGAUCGGCAUCCCCAAGGCUGGGCGUCUCGUCCACCGCCUGGUCCACCAAUUCCCGCGCCUCGAGCUUCAGGCCUUCUUCCAGCCCCUCACCCGUUCCCUCCUCCACGUACAGCUCACCAUCACGCCCGACUUCCAGUGGGACGAGCGCGUCCACGGCGGCGCCCAGAAGUUCUGGAUCCUGGUCGAGGACGUCGACGGCGAGGUCGUCCUCUUCCACGACCAAUUCCUGCUCCUCCGCCGCUACGCCGAGGACGAGCACACCGUCACCUUCACCAUCCCCAUGACCGAGCCGGUGCCGCCCAACUACUACAUCAGCGUCGUCAGCGACCGCUGGCUGCAGAGCGAGGUGCGGCUGCCCAUCUCGUUCAAGAACCUCAUUUUGCCCGAACGCUUCCCGCCCCACACGCCGCUGCUCGACCUGCAGCCCCAGCCGGUGUCGGCGCUCCGCGACGCCGCCGCCGAGGCCGUCUACGCGUCGGCGUUCCGCACUUUCAACAAGGUCCAGACGCAGACCUUCCACGCCCUCUACGGCGGCGACGACAGCGUCUUUGUCGGCGCGCCGGCGGGCAGCGGCAAGACGGUCUGCGCCGAGCUGGCGCUGCUGCGGCUGUGGCACGACGCCGACGCCGGCCGCGCCGUCUGCAUCGUGCCCUUCGACGCGAUGGUGGCGCCGCGGGUGGCCGAGUGGAAGGCCAAGUUUGGCGCGUACCGCGGCGGCAAGGAGGUCGUCGGCCUGUCGGGCGAGACGAGCGCCGACCUGCGGCUGCUCGAGAUGGCCGACGUGGUCGUGUCGACUCCCGAGCACUGGGACGUCCUCUCGCGCCGCUGGCGCCAGCGCAAGAACGUGCAGACCGUCGCCCUCUACCUGUUUGACGAGCUGCAGAUGAUUGGCGACUGGCGGGUCGGCCCGACGUACGAGAUUGUCGCGUCGCGCGCCCGCUUCGUGGCGGCCCAGACGCAGAAUCCGACGCGGAUGGUGGCGCUGAGCGCGCCGCUCGCCAACGCUCGCGACGUCGGCGACUGGCUCGGCGCGCCGAGCGGCAGCGUCUUCAACUUUGCGCCGAGCGCGCGAGCCGUUCCCAUGGAGGUUCACAUCCAGAGCUUCUCGAUCCCGCACUUCCCCUCGAUGAUGCUGGCGAUGGCCAAGCCGGCCUACCUCGCCAUCCUCGAGUACGCGCCCGACCAGCCCGUGCUGGCGUUCGUGCCGUCGCGCAAGCAGGCCAGGUCGACGGCCAACGACCUGCUGGCCUACGUCAUGGCCGACAGCGACGUCGACGGCGGCGGUGACGGCGAGAGCCGCUUCCUCAACAUCGAGCCCGCCGACCUCAAGCCGCACCUCGAGCGCGUCGAGGACCGCGAGCUGGCCGAGCUGCUCGAGCAGGGCAUCGCCUACUACCACGAGGCCAUGUCGCGCGGCGACCGACGCAUCGUCGAGCGCCUCUUUUCGGCCGGCGCGAUCCAGGUGGUGGUGGCGAGCAAGGAGACGGCGUGGAGCAUGCCGCUCCAGGCGCACCUGGUGCUGCUGCUGUCGCUGCAGACGUACGAGGGCAAGGAGCACCGGUACAUCGACUACCCGCUGACCGACAUGCUGCAGAUGGUGGGGCGCUCGACGAUCCCCGACGAGAGCGGCAGCAGCCGCUGCAUCCUCCUGUGCCAGGCGACGCGCAAGGACUACUUCAAAAAGUUCCUCGCCGAGGGCCUGCCGCUCGAGAGCCGGCUCAACGCCUACGCCCAGGACUUUUUCAACGCCGAGAUUGUGGCGCGCACCAUUGACGACAAGCAGUCGGCCGUCGACAUCCUCACCUGGACGCUCCUCUACCGCCGGCUGCAGCAGAAUCCGCAGGCGUACAACUGCCAGGGCCGGACGAUGCAGCACAUUGGCGACUACCUGUCGGAGCUCGUCGAGACGACGCUGGCCGACCUCGAGGGCAGCAAGUGCAUCGCCAUCGAGGACGACAUGGACGUCAGCCCGCUCAACCUGGGCAUGAUUGCCAGCUUCUACAACGUCAGCUACGUCACCAUCGACGUCUUCAACCUGUCGCUCAAGGAGCGCACCAAGCUGCGCGGCCUGCUCGAGAUUGUCAGCUCGGCCGCCGAGUUCGAGGACGUGGCCAUCCGCCAGCACGAGGACGCCGUGCUCAAGCGCAUCUACGACCGGCUGCCGCUCAAGCUCGACCGGAUCAGCUUCACGUCGCCCUACCACAAGGUGUUUGUGCUGCUCCAGGCCCACUUUGCGCGCCUGACGCUGCCGGCGGACCUCGAGGCCGACCAGCGCCAGGUGCUGGCCAAGGUGCUCAACCUGCUCAGCGCCUGCGUCGACGUCAUGUCGAGCAACGCCCACCUCAACGCCAUCGUCGCCAUGGAGCUGAGCCAGAUGGUGGUGCAGGCCGUGUGGGACCGCGACUCGCCGCUGCGCCAGGUGCCCCACUUUACCGCGGCCACGAUUGAGCGCUGCCGCGCCAAGGGCAUCGACGACGUCUUUGCGCUCUCGGACACGCUGCCGGACCUCGACGACGCCGAGCGCGACCGCCUGCUCCAGCUCGACCGGCGCCAGCUCGCCGACGUGGCGCGCUUCACCAACUCGUUCCCCUACGUCGAGGUGGGCUUCGACAUCGAGGACCGCGACGCGCUGUCGAGCGGCAACCCCAUCACGCUUCAUGUCGACCUGGAAAAGGACGUCGACGAGGAUGAUGAGGGAGCGGCGGACGAGACGGUGAUUGCGCCCUUCUACCCGAACAAGAAGCUGGCAAACUGGUGGAUCGUCGUGGGCGAUCCGGGUCGGCGGAACCUGCUGAGCAUCAAAAAGGUGACGCUCAAGAGGCAGCUGCGCGUCAAGCUCGAAUUUGAACUGCCAAAGGGUCAACACGAUACGCUCAAGCUGUACCUCAUGUGCGACAGCUACGUCGGGGCGGAUCGCGAACUCGACCUCGGUCCACUUACCGUCGUUCAGGGUGUCGAUUCGGAUGAAGAGGAAUCCGACGACGACGACGACGAGGAUGAGGAAGAUGAGGAGAAGGAGGAGGGUGGAGGACCGAAUGGCGCCACUGCCACGGCGACGGCGGAUGCCGAUCAGGAAAUGGCGGAUGCGUCCAGCUAG